AUGUCUCGCAUCCCAUCCAAUAUCGAUUCUCCCACCCGUAGCAGAGUUCGGACCGAGAAGUGUGUCGGGAUCUCUGACACUUGUACAGGUAUCGGAAUCCGUCGAGGUCCUCAUUAUAAGGCAAAACCGUUCUGUGAUUCAUGCUUCGAAGUUGUUCAAGAGAAACGUCAUAGACGUAAGAUGACCGAAUACAGAAAGAGACCAUGCCGACUUGAUACCGAAGAUUCUAACCAAUCUUCUUCUCUCCAACUGACCAAAACAAGUACGCGAGCGAAAUCUUCAAAAACGUCGGUUCGUACGAGAAAGAAACGAACUUAUCUACCGUAUAUGACCUUGGCCGAUAUAUUGAACCCCACACCCUUCAGUGGUAGCGAGCCUCAAUCGGAAGUGGAAAAAUUUCCUGCUAUCAGCGAGGGCAAAGGAGGAAGUUCACAAAUGUCAUAUGAACUCAUUAUUGACGGGAAGGUGGAUUCUGAACAUGAACAAACUAACAACCUAAACCAACAAACACAACCUCAAAUAGUCCCAAGUACGGUCUUUACCCAUGGUACGAACGAUCUAUCGCCUGAAUUCCAAAGAUGGAUGAACGAAAAGUUCCCAAGGAAUGAUACGAGUGAAAUGUCGUUUUAG